GGGACCCUGGCGGCGACUCCGAGUGUGGCGCGGGGUUUGCACGCUCCCGCGCGGCUGGGACAGGUGGGCGGGAUGUCCCAAGCUGGCGGCGGUUCCCGCGGUGAUGCGGGGCAAGAAGACGCUGCUGCUGCCGGCGGCCGAUUCAGCUUAACGCUUGAGGACAUUCGACGCCUCCAUGCAGAGUUUGCUGCCGAGCGGGACUGGGAGCAGUUCCACCAGCCUCGGAACCUGCUCCUAGCCUUGGUGGGAGAAGUGGGCGAGCUGGCAGAACUCUUUCAAUGGAAGUCUGAUGCAGAGUCUAGUCCUCAAGCCUGGCCACCAAAGGAAAGAGCAGCUCUUCAAGAGGAGCUUAGUGACGUCCUCAUCUACCUGGUAGCAUUAGCAGCCCGUUGUCAUGUGGACUUACCUCAAGCAGUACUCUCCAAAAUGGACACCAACCGACAACGUUACCCAGUUCAUCUCUCCCGAGGUUCCGCCCGCAAGUACACAGACUUGCCCCAUGGGACCAUCUCUGAAAAUCAGGCUGUGGAGGCUGUAGACCCUACCUCUGAGUUGAAAAACCAGGCUUCCACCUAGAAACAUGGUUCUGAACAGCAGAGAUGGACUUGCUCUAGUCUGGUCUUACUAAGUCAUGGGUAUGAGGCCCAAGAUUCUCCAAAAGGUAGUCUACUGGUGUCUUCUCUCUCAAUAAAAUGAUUAAAGGCAA